CGCGCUGUCAGUCUCGUUGUCAACCGCGUUCGUGGUGGAUCACGCGCGCAAUCACGGCGAAACGCACGUGCACACGGUUUUUCUUCUCUUUUUUUUUUACGACUCGAAGAGAACGGCCUUGAAAAAGUACGGCCAGUGAGGCGAGUGUGAAAGAGAGACGCGCACGAGUGUAUAGCGGCCGUGUUGCUUAUGUAAUCGCGGCGGAGGCAGAGGAAACGCGAGGAGGAGACGAGGAAAAGCCGAGAGAGAAGCACGAGUGAGUGUCAGCCUAUUGCGAGCGAGCGAGCAAAAUCUUUCCUUCUCUAACCGCUGGUGCAAGCGAGAAAGAGAGUGCGUGACAGGUAUCCAAAAACGGACGCGGGCUCGAACGGGUCCAGAAAAUGGACUCGCCUGUCAUCAUGGAUGCAGCAUCCAAAUUCGGACGAGAGAUCGAUCUGGACCGCUGCUCGUUCCCCGGCUUCCCGUUCGACGACGACGCCGCCGACGUUUUCGAGCGUCCGCGCGGUGACGGGAUCCGCGCGCAUCUGGACGACCUUGCGGCGCGUCACCCCGAGUUCGCUGAGCACCUGCGUGGUCCGCCUUGGCCAUUCGGCGGUUCCCUGUUGCGUGACCGCCGCUGCCGACGUCACGGAUCCGGUGGUAGCAACGACGACCAGCAGCAAGGUCAGCAGCAUCAGGUGGACGAGGACGCGCGUAGCCAGGCAAGUGGUAGCAGCGCCGCGAGUGGUGCGAGUGCUGUCAGCUCGCACAGCGGCGGUGGCGGCGGCGGCGGUGGCGAGCACGACCUGACGUCAUCGUCCGCGAUACCGCAGUACGGUCUACGCAACACAGUCGACAUAGGCCAGCAGCAACGACGCUGCGACAUGGAGAUGAGUCCGGAGAAGGGUGAGCGCGGUCAGCGCUCGAUGUCGGCACCGCCGGAAAGCUGGCAGCAACAGCAAGGCCAACCGCAAGGCCAAGAUCAGCAAUCAUCGCAACCUGGUCAAGGUCAAAGAUUCGUGUCCCGAGUAGAUAUUACGCCGCAGCACAAUCAGCAGCAGCAGCGCGCCCAGUCGCCUAGUAAACCAGCCAGCAAUGUCCGACACAUCCCCAUCUUUGUGGAGGGUCGCGACGUACCGGUGAUGCCAAAGAUUGCGACUGAUGACGCGCCAUCGUCCACUUUCCAGCAGCAUUACCAUCAACGACAACCGUCGCCGCCGUCCCACCACUUUGACAGAUCGUCGCCACCAGCGCAUCACUUCCACAGACCGUCACACUUUAAUGAACGCUUCAGUCGACAGCAGUGGCCACCAUCGCAUUUCCAAGAUGUGUUUUAUAAGCCGGCAGCUUUUGAACAACCGAUACGGAAGCAACAACAACCACCCCAAUACCAUUAUCAACAGCCUCAGUCUCAUCAGCAACAACCCCAACAUCAUCACCAGCAAUAUCAGCAACCUCAAUCACAUCACGAGCAACAACACCAGCAACAACCUCAACAUCAUCACCAGCAAUAUCAGCAACCUCAAUCGCAUAACGAGCAACAUCACCAGCAACAAUUUCAACAACCUCAGCAUCAUCAGGAACAUCAGCAGCAGCAACAACAUCAAGAAGCGCCGAAACCAAAGCCUCCAAUGCCAAAGGAUCCUCUGGAAAGAGUUGCCCUGGUGCAAAAGGAAGUGGACAAUUUGGCCGAGCAGGUACGACGUUACGUCGGUGGUUCCCGGCAAGACAAGGAAUAUAUUUACCUGGACGAGAUGCUGACGCGCGAAUUAAUCAAAUUAGACGACAUAGAGACGGAAGGUCGGGAGAAUGUGCGACAAGCGCGUAAAAACGCUAUCAAGACUAUACAGGAUACCAUUAGCUUGCUGGAAUCAAAAACACCAAUUAUCAAUCAGCAAGAGCAACAACCUACUGUACAUGAAGAGGUCCAGGAGUCCGCUGAGAAGGAUCAGCGAGGAGAAGAGACCUCGCAAGUCCCUGAGCCAAUGGAGAUAGACGCGAAGCAAGAGAAGCAGAGUAACGAGCCAAUACCGCUUCCGCCAGGGCCAUCGGCGCCGACGAAGGCGAAAGUGGAAUCCUCGGAAAGUGAAAUUGCGGCAACGGCUGCCGAAUCCACGAAUCAAAACAUCGUCCCUCCCGGCCAACAGGAAAUCGAACAAAAAAUAGAGAAUUUAUCAGCGGAAAAUAUGAAACAGCUUGUUGCACUUAUGUCAACAGACGAAUCAACAAAAUGCGUGAACGAAACGAGUAAAGAAUCAAAGCAGAGUGACGGAAAGGAUGGAGAACAACGUAAGGAUAGCGACGUGUCGCAAACGAUGACGAAAAAUAAACACGCGACGUCGAAGCAGCAAACGAAGGAAGCAACGGAGGGAAAUACAGAGGCGAACGACGAACAGCGGAGUUCGACGGAAUCGCCGAGGUCGCAGAAGAAGACAAAGAAGACGAAGAAGAAGGAGCAGCAACAACCGGUGUCCGAGCAGGCGAUUCCGCUGCCGCCACCGUCAACGGAAAGCGCGAAGUAAAAGUGGAACGUUGAAGAAGUGUUAUAUAGUCGAACGUGGAUCCUAACCGUGGACACGACUCGACAAGAGUCGACGAAUGAGAGAGAGAGAGAGAGAGAGAGAGAGAGAGAGAGAGAGAGAGAAUUUUAUGGGUCGUAAAGAAACGAGGAUCGGCUGGAAAGGGAGUUCCGUGAAUCGCGAAGGAACAUUGACGAUGAAGAAGUUUCGAAGGACAUCGAAUUGUCGCCAGACACCGCGAAGUGGCUUGACUGAUUUAUAUUAAGACGCUGAACACUGUUAUCGUUUCAUAUUUUUUUCUGUUUAGUUCCCGAACUAAAGUCAAGCUAAUCGCGUUUGAGCCGAGCAACGAAAUCGAAUCCUUCGGUCUCGUGAGUUACUCGUCAUUGCCUUAGGACAAGGCCUUCAUCUUUUAUAGAAUAUCGCGAGCGAGAACAAACUAGAAACGGUACCGACCGUAAGUUUGUUAGCUUCUUCGGAGAAACGGCCUUCGAUUUAAAGCUCUUAAACGGCCGCACAUCCGCGUGUUCCGUUAUACUUUUUCAAGAAAGAAUCUAUAUGUCGAAAUACGCACAGCGAGCGUAUUUUUCUCCCUGUCAAUGAUAUAUAAUUCUUCUCACUUUUCUUCUAAUUUAUUUAUGAUUUGCGAGCUCGUGGACGAUUGUGAGAUAAAUUGAGACCGCGCCUGAUUCGUACGAGAUAAACUCGAAAUCGCGUGGAUUAAGUUUUAUCGCGAAUUCAGGCGCGUAACUUGGAGAACAUCCUAAAAAGAGAAACAUAGUAUCGCUACAUUUUCAUCUGUUGAGCAGACCAAUUUUCUAACAUCGUAAUACCACAAGUAUUCACUUAAAAUAACUUAUGUGUAGAGAACGCGCUAAAUUACUGAUAGUACGCAAAUCAAAUACGUAAUUUUUACAGGUUGUAGAAUGCAGGAAAAAAUGUAUUUGUAUUUAAAUUAUAAAGUAAUACACGCGAAUAAUGUAAAGUGUGCAUGUCUAACUCUGUCAGAAUUUUGUUUUUCUUUUACAUUUUUCGCUCUUUACGAUGUGAUACCGAAAAAUUGGUCUGUUUGGCAGGUAUAUAACGUCAUUAUACUCAAUAUAGCAUCACGUAGAGCGUACACGUGACGACAAUGAUGACGAUAAGUUAAUAUUGAUUUCUAAUUUAUUGUAUGCCUGCCCGCGAGAUAAUUUCAUGUUCGCGAGUGUGUUUGUUGUUGACGCUAAUAAUUUUCUGCGUAUCGCGCGUACAUCUGCCGAUACAAAGUGGCACGGAUGUGUAUAUGAGGCAUGUGCACAUACAAACUUUAGAGUCAUGAAUAUCCGUCGAGAACACCGAUGUGUGCAUAUUUCUCCGUCCCUUAUUUCUUCUUUCUAAAUUUAUCCAGGAUGUGUUCCGCGACAUAUAUUAAUUUAUGCGUGCGUAAUUUAGUGCAAAUUAAAGUCAGUUCUCUCUUAACAGACACUUAAAAGUUGCUGAAAGAUAGUUUUCCCAUAAGUGAUCAUAGUAAACAGAUUGCACACUAGUUCCUCAAGAUCAUUCUAAUAUUUUUAUACGCAAUUCUAUUAAAAAAAAGAGCGUUUUUUUUCAAAGAAUUUCUGUAAGAUACAGGACGUCAUAAAAUAUGAUUAUAAAAUCAAAAUUCAAAUCUGUUUGCUAAGCUCCAAAUACAGGAAAUUGAAAUUCUUUUCAAUUUUGCAGUGUCGAAAUCCCCAAAAAAAGAAAGGGGGGCGAUGUUUCCAAUUUAGAUAAGAACACCUGUAAAACAUUGUUUUCUCCUUCUAAUAGGUACAAUUACUGCCUACAAGCCUACGCCUGUAGUUUACAUAUACCAUUGUUCAUGGAAAUUACGAGGUGAUAAAAUAAACGGCCACAUUUUUGUUGAGGAAAAAAAAUCGAUUUUAUAUUCCUUAAAGAAUUCACGCGUUUGUGGCGGGACACCCUGUAUACAGCACUCCAGAUUUAGCGUCUGUUUAGAAUUCUUGAAACGUUUCAGAUACGCGACGCUCGAGAAAAGUCCAUUCGAAUCGUCCGAGAUCUGAACCUUGAACAUAUUCGAAGGUCCAUAUACGGGGAUCUCGAAGUUUCCUAAGAAAGUUUGUCCUUCUAUUUGCCCCUUUAUUUAUUCCUUUUACGGAGAAUCACGAAAGAAUGAAGAACGGACAAGGGCAACGCAUUGUUUUUUCGAUUUCUCGUUUAUAGUGUGAUACUUCUUUUAUCUUCAUCUUCUCUUGUGUCUGUACGACAUUUUGUUCGCGUAUCUGUACUGACACUAUUUUCCAGCCGGAAAUUUUGUAUUUUUUCUGAUAUGAAAGAUAUGAGAGAAUGUGAGAAUAUUUGUGCGUGUGCGUUUGCGUAUUCGUGAAAAAGAGAGAGAGAGAGAGAGAGAAAGCGUGUGAUAAAAAAAAAUAUAUAUGUAUACAUAUAUGUACGAGAUGAAAGUGUGACUACUGUAUGAGAUUGAUCAGUGAAAAUACAAAGUCUGUUCUAUCUUA